GCCGACAAACUGGUUGACCGAAGCCAGCAACCGAUUGCUGCGCUUGGGUCUUCGUGUUCAUCUUCAUCGUUUUGGACAGGUCGUGGAAGGAUUGACAGUAUUGUAAGCAAGCUUGGUGCUGAGAGAGCCACUACUGAAGGCAAUUCAAGGACUGUCUCGAUGGUCGUCGAUUCUGGUGCGGUCGUCACUCUGUCGGUAGAGAUCGAGGCGUUCAAUCAGAUCUAAACGCGAUACAAGUUUGUUGUGGCAUCGGCGCCAAAUCAAAGAGACCCUCUCCAACCAUGUGGGUUUCAGUGAAAGCAACGCGGACCGUCACAGUCCUGCAACUGAGGAAGAAGCUGUGUCGUAAAAACAACCAUAGUCUCCACGAGACGGUUUUGGUGUGUCGUGGGCAACAAAUGGACGAUGACAAGCCCUUGGCCUUCUACAACGUUACAGGGGUCGCACCUCUAGAACUCAAGGUCUCAUCCAAGAGUAACAACUGCACCUGCACCGUGUGCCAGCAAAAGAGCCGAAAGAUCACCGUCAACGUGGUCUCGCUCUCCACUGAAACCAGAGUGGAAUGCACACUGUGGGACACGGUGAGGCUCCUCAAGAAGUCGGUAGAGAAAGCGCACGGCAUCCCGGCGUCCCGCCAGAAGCUAAUGUUCAAUCGGGAGGUGCUGCACGAAUCUCGAUCUCUCCACACCUACAUCCCGGUAGACCACGCGGCCGGCGAGACCGUGAUUUCGGUGCAAUUAGUGCGAAAGGGCCCUCCCACGCUGCUGGAGAAGCUGACCAAUGUGAUGCGUCUUCAGAAGAGCUCCACCACCCCCACCACCGCAACCGUGGCGUUGUGACAUCCACGCAGCAUCACACUCACUCCGACACACUUAUAUCUGGCUGUGAAUCCUCUUCACCAUCGCCAUGUUCCUCACUCCCUGCAGACUUGGACACCCUCGCAGCAGCACAGCUUCUGUCUACGAAACCCUGAUUCUGCAGUGCUUGUACAGACAACGCUUGUUUGUUUGUUUUGUUUGUAAUUUUUAUGGUUUACAGUGUGACUUUUUAGCAUUUUUGUGCUCAUUUAGACCGUAGCCCACUUGGAUUUGAUUACCAUUUGAUGUGGGAAUCUGUCAAGGUUGUAAGGCAGGGGUGGAGGGAUAAACUAUCCUGAUACAUUUUCUUAAGAAAUGUGGGAGGAAAUGUGUGAGAAAUGAAUAAGUUGAAACGAGGUUUGUCAA